CAUAGUUACAUGGAAGGAGGGACAUUUCCUGAGCCACAGAAGAAGACGUAAAAGACUCUAGAGAAUAAGGGCUGUUAGAAGUGAUUCGUGAACGUGUCAUUCUGAAUACCUUUAACUGGGUUGGUCUAGGUUAUGUCGCCAACCUGCAAACAUCCACCCUCUCACCAGUGGGGGAAGUUUGUCUAUAGAAGAUAAGCAAAGUGGAAGUUUUGCAACCCUCACAGGGUAUGAGUUGCUUAAGGAGUAUUCUCAACCAUGUUUGAGACUGGCUUGAAUAAAAAGGAGGAAGGUAAGUAGUUUACUUUUCAGAAAUGUUAUUCCUGUAUUGUUUAUAUUCAACAUCAACAUUUUACAAAUGAACUUAAUAUGUAAGAGCUUAACAUUAAGGUGGGUAAAAUGCAAUCAAUGUAACUGCAAGAAACCUAGUGGUAGGUUAGCCACCUGCUCGAAUACAUUUGAGGUAUUCAGGAACUUAAACGUUGUUUACCAUUUUUAAGCAUACAUACAUUAUUAUGUGUACUGAUUUUAAUCCAAUCCAUGUAUGCUUACAAUUUUUAUGAUAAAAAUAGGUAGCUACUGUACACGGAAAAGCAUUUGACUUAUUUGACCUAUAGAUUAAACAUUGGCAUUUCAGCAGUUUUACUUUGAAUUUGAAAUCAGUUCUGUUGUUGACUGGAAGAAUGUCAGCUUGUGUCACAAUAUCAUGCUGUUUAAUGAUUGUUAAGUCAACUGUCUGUCUCUUGUUCACCAGAAAAUGGACCACAGAGGGAGGUUUGUGAUAUGGUCACGAUAUCGCUGUUAUUUCUUUAUUGUUUUUUUGGCUUUGACCCUAAUUAUCUACAACACUGACCUAGUGGAAAGGACUGAGGACUUAGUCCCUAAAUGGUGGAUGAGGUUUGGUCAAGUUGUGAGUACGGUAGUUCCUGUCAUUACUACAUACUCAAACAGUACUGCCACCGUCAUUCAGAAUGCAACUCUCCAACAAGGAAUUGAACUCAGUGUCACAAACAUUAAUACCACCAUGGAGAAUUCAACCGUGACAGAGGCACUAACUGUACCCAAUCUCCUCCCGGCAAAACAAUCAGUGCCAAUUGAACCUUAUAUUUCACCAGGAUCUUUCCAUGUGGAAUACCCUCAUGAGUAUCACUUCAUUGUGGAUGAGCCUAAGGAAUGUCAGGAGAAGAAUCCCUUCCUGGUUCUAAUGGUGCCAGUUGCACCUCACAACAGGAUGGCUCGUGAUGCCGUCCGCAGUACCUGGGGCACUGAGAGUCUGAUUCUGGGCAAAGUGGUGAGUCUGUUCUUCCUGUUGGGACUGCCAAGUGGAGAAGGGGCAGAGAAGCUCCAAGAGCAGGUGCUGCAGGAGAGCAGAGAACAUAGAGACCUUCUGCAGAGUGACUUCACAGACAGCUACAAAAACCUGACCAUCAAGACCAUGAUGAUGCUGGAGUGGCUGAGCUUUCGCUGCCCCAACGCUUCCUACGCCAUGAAGAUUGACUCAGAUAUGUUUCUCAAUGUGAACAGCCUGGUGCACAUGCUGCUGACUGCACCACAGCACGACUACAUGACUGGACUGGUGGCCAAAUGGGCACAUGUUCUACGAGACCCUAACUCCAAAUGGUACCUUCCUGAGAAUGUUUUCCCUGACAAUUUUUAUCCUUCUUAUGCUCUGGGACUGGGCUAUGUCAUGUCGUUAAACCUGCCCAGGAAGCUAGUGGAGGCAUCCAGGCAUGUUAAAGCCAUUUAUAUAGAGGAUGUCUAUCUGGGACUGUGCAUGAAACACCUGGGUAUCCAGCCCACUGACCCUCCCAGUCAGAACCUGUUUCAACUUUUUCCUGUGCCUUAUAAUCGCUGCAGCUAUUCGCAGAUAAUAGCCACCACUACAUACACUAUCACAGAUCAGGUUAACUUCUGGAAAGACUUGCACAAACCUGGACCUACGUGUUAACAUGCCAUUGGAAUAAUAGGUUUUUACAGUGAGCCAUAAACUUUAGAGAUAGUGUUGGGUGGCAGAACUAAAGAUGUUUUAUAUAGGUUAAUCUUCCAUACAGGAUGACGUUUGCUUUACUACCUGCUCAUGUUUGAGUAAAAAAGAAAGGUCAACAUCAACACUGACUUCAGUCAUUAGAGCUUUGUUACAUUAGUAUUCUGUGUAAUAUAAAAAAUAAACGUGUGACAGUGUAGCAAUAAUUCAGCAAUUGAGCAUAAACCAAAAUUACAUUAAAACAAGCCAUGGCCAUCAUCUCUAUGACAACGGUGGGAUACGGCGACAUGGUACCACGCAGCAUCCCUGGUCAGGUGGUGGCGCUGAGCAGCAUCCUGAGCGGGAUUCUCAUCAUGGCCUUCCCAGCCACCUCCAUCUUCCACAUGUUCUCCCAUUCUUACCAGGAGUUAAAAGAAGAGCACGAGAGGCUGUGGAAGGAAGAGAGGGGAGCAGAACUGGCGGCGGAUGCCCAGGAGAGCAGGAGGGACCGGGAGCUCUCUUGGCCACCUUCAGAUAAAGUCAGUUUAAUCUCCUUGGAUGAGAUGGACAAAGGUCACAAAACCACACUUCCAGCUGGAGCCUUUUGAAGACUUUGGACUUCCAUCUCACUUUUUCAUGUAAAUGAUAUGAUCUGUGCAUGGUAUACUGUACAUUGUCUCACUCAUAUCACAUUAUAUUCUACUGUAUACAAUAGUGUGUAUUAUUGUACUAAAAUUGACUUAAAAGGGUAGUUCUGCAUGUUUAUUUUGUUAUAAUCCCACCUGUAUCUAAAUCAAUUACUGUUAUUAAGACCUUAUGGUAGUUCUCAUUUUGUUGUUGUAUUGUUACAACACUAAUAGCAGUCAUGGGUGCAAUGUUGCACUCUGAUUUUACAGAAAGGACACAUUUGUUGCUAAUUAUCAUCAAAUGUAUAGUGAUGCCUAUUCAUUAUGUUUUAAAGUAUCCUUUAGUACUUUUUUCAUUAUCAUUGCUAAUUGUGCUUUCAAUACCAUUAGAACAAUAAAGAUAAUAUUCAAAUGGUUUGAAGGAAAUAGUCUUAGAUAAUUAAGUAAUUAAUUGAACUAUUUACAACAAGUCUGUUUAAAUAUGUUUCCCUGCUUUGAAGGUUAUUCAUAAUCAUAACAUGUAAUAACACAUAACAACAUGUUUUAUACUAUGAUAUAUAUCUAUUAUCUUAGUUGCAUUACACAGUAUGAGAGUUCAUGUUGCCCUAUCCCCCAGCAAUAUACUGCUGUGUUUGUCCAUAUCGUUUCUCUGGAAAUGUUAUAGAAUGUUACAUUUUCUAAGAAAAUUACACUAUACCCUUUCUCAUUGAACUCAAAUUGUAAUUAUGAGUUCUGCUCUUGAUAUAUUUUUUUAAUAUACAUUUGAAUUGGGUUACAUCUGCAUUGAACAUUCAUAGAUUUUUACAAAAGAAUUGAGCCUUUUUGAGCCACAGACAUUAGAAGAUCAGUAGAUUUUUAAAUGACAAAAUCAAUAUAUCCCAGUCACAAAUAAAUGUGAAGCAAGCUGUUCUCAGUGACAGUAUCAAAGUCACAGAUUUAACAUGCAGGUUAAACAACUUGUUUUGACAAACCACAAUAGAUCUGGCAAUCCAUGAUUAUUUGAGGCAGCAGAAUCAGUCAAACUAAUCCAAAUUAGACUGCUCCUUGUUUGAACCAAUAAUGAAUAAGUGGUUCAGACAUUUACAGUGCAGACAAUCUCAAUUUAAAGUUCCUGUUCCUGUUUCAUUUAGGUCCACAAACAAAGGUGGCUAACAUAUUAAAUUACAGGUUGGAACUACAUAUUUGUGACACAGCAACAUUCUUUAAAAAGGUGAAGGUUGUAUACAUUUUACAAAUAUCUACUUACAAAAGUUCGAGAACAUUCUACUAAACAUCUAAAAUAAAGUAAAAUGUUUUACUUGUAAAUUCUUUAAUGGGAACUCUUUAAAAUGUCAUAUACAGCCCUAACAAAAUAAUACAGACGUGACAGGUCUGAUAACACAACUAUGCUGAUUAUUAACUGAACAAAAAUUACCACUUGCUCUCAAAAUACAAUGUCGUGGUUUUAGUAUUUAUAUUUGAAGCAUGAGACAUACGAUAUGAGAUCUAAUGUUACCUGGAAAAAUAGGUUGGUCAAUAUAGGUGUGGUUUCUCUCUAAGUAAAGCGACCUGGGUGCUAUGGUUACAUGACAUUUGCAUGUCCCUACAAUAAUACCCAGUAACUCUAGAGACAGUACCAUAGUUACAUGGAAGGAGGGACAUUUCCUGAGCCACAGAAGAAGACGUAAAAGACUCUAGAGAAUAAGGGCUGUUAGAAGUGAUUCGUGAACGUGUCAUUCUGAAUACCUUUAACUGGGUUGGUCUAGGUUAUGUCGCCAACCUGCAAACAUCCACCCUCUCACCAGUGGGGGAAGUUUGUCUAUAGAAGAUAAGCAAAGUGGAAGUUUUGCAACCCUCACAGGGUAUGAGUUGCUUAAGGAGUAUUCUCAACCAUGUUUGAGACUGGCUUGAAUAAAAAGGAGGAAGAAAAUGGACCACAGAGGGAGGUUUGUGAUAUGGUCACGAUAUCGCUGUUAUUUCUUUAUUGUUUUUUUGGCUUUGACCCUAAUUAUCUACAACACUGACCUAGUGGAAAGGACUGAGGACUUAGUCCCUAAAUGGUGGAUGAGGUUUGGUCAAGUUGUGAGUACGGUAGUUCCUGUCAUUACUACAUACUCAAACAGUACUGCCACCGUCAUUCAGAAUGCAACUCUCCAACAAGGAAUUGAACUCAGUGUCACAAACAUUAAUACCACCAUGGAGAAUUCAACCGUGACAGAGGCACUAACUGUACCCAAUCUCCUCCCGGCAAAACAAUCAGUGCCAAUUGAACCUUAUAUUUCACCAGGAUCUUUCCAUGUGGAAUACCCUCAUGAGUAUCACUUCAUUGUGGAUGAGCCUAAGGAAUGUCAGGAGAAGAAUCCCUUCCUGGUUCUAAUGGUGCCAGUUGCACCUCACAACAGGAUGGCUCGUGAUGCCGUCCGCAGUACCUGGGGCACUGAGAGUCUGAUUCUGGGCAAAGUGGUGAGUCUGUUCUUCCUGUUGGGACUGCCAAGUGGAGAAGGGGCAGAGAAGCUCCAAGAGCAGGUGCUGCAGGAGAGCAGAGAACAUAGAGACCUUCUGCAGAGUGACUUCACAGACAGCUACAAAAACCUGACCAUCAAGACCAUGAUGAUGCUGGAGUGGCUGAGCUUUCGCUGCCCCAACGCUUCCUACGCCAUGAAGAUUGACUCAGAUAUGUU